AUGCCUACUUGUUCCCCGCCAUUCACCCAUUCCUUCAGAAUCAUGUACCGGCCCGAAAACAGCAACAUCGAGCUAGCUCGCACUCAACGAGUCCAUCGCCACUCGCCUCCUGGCCCUCCCUACGACCCCGGCUUCCGCCAAACAGCAGCCUACUACGGCGACCAAGUCUUCAUCGCAUCCUGCCGACGAACUUGCGAGGUCUGGGCCUCUCAGAAUCUCUCCGCGUACUGCUUCAACACGAAACCUGCAGGAAUAGCCUGGGGGGCGGGUGUAGAGCACCUCUCCGACGUGGCGUUUAUUCUCAACAACCUCGAUGGCUACGGCUACCAUCCCAGUCCGUUUGAGAGUAUGCCUGAGAGUUACACGGAACUGAGCCAUCUUAUGGCGUGGUCGUGGGCGAGCUUUGCCACGGACUUGGAUCCGAACGUGUGGAGUGGGCGCGGGAGGAACGCCACGAGGGCGGAUUGA